CAGAAGUUAAAGGUCGAGUGGCGGUACACGGCAAUUUUUAGCAAGACUGCAAAACGCCAUUCGCUUAUCCUGACCGUACGACGAGUGUCAUGAACCCUAUAACUAAUCCCGACGUGGAGAAAUUCGGUUCGAACGACGCCGCAUCAGUCGCCGAGGCCCGCGACGGCCACAGAGAGCCGGAGCAGCCCGUCGGAGUGGGUCUGCGUUCACAGGCUCAGACGGACGGAAGCGGCGCACUAGUGGGCGACGCGUUCGCCAUUUGCCAAGCCCUGGGCCUCUCCAGAAGCGAGCUCGUCAGCAUGUCGGUGCGUCAGCUGAACGUGCGCGUACGCACAGCCAAUCUCGGCGUCCACCAGACCCACGCCGUCAAGCACCUACGGCGCAUGCUCAAGAACCGGGGCUACGCGGCGAUCUGCAGGUACGACUGCACCCUGGUCCACCAGCGCGUCAGACGUGGCUCCGAGAACCCCUUCUACCCGUACACCAUGGACUUCGGCUUCCGACGCAGCUGCAUGGUGUACCCGUGUCCCGAGCGCACCUACCCGGGACUCUGGGUGGUGCCCAUGAAUGUGGUCUUCCGCGAGCGAGCGGGCCAGGACUUGCCGUGUGCCAUGGCAGACAUCUGUGUGCUGCAGCCAAUCACAGCCAACGAGACCUUCGAGUGCCUCAGGUCCAACUUCGAGGACUUCUACACGACCAACCGAGCACCUUUCCCUUUGUUCCUUCAUGAGGCUUACCUGCAACAACCCAGUCGCAAGCAGGGCUACCUGCAGUUCGUCGACUGGCUACUGCAGAAGGACGACGUCUUUCUCGUGACCAUCUCCGAAGUGCUACGCUUCAUGCAGGACCCGAAGCCGCUGGGAGCCUACGUUCAGCAUACGUGCCCUGGCGGCGUCGUGCAAAGCACCUGUCCCAAGCCGAACACGUGUGCUUACAAGAAUACAUCACUGGGAGGCGACCGCUACAUGACGACCUGUUCUCAGUGCCCCAAGAACUAUCCAUGGGUUGGAAAUCCCAUGGGCAACUAGUGAACGUGCCACCUGGUCCCCAAGGACUGAAGUGAACACCGCGCUUUAGCAGUCCAGCACUGAAACUUGUGCUCUGGCGGGCGGCGCGUUUUUAGCACUUUUCUUCGUUACCUUUCUUUUUCAUUACAAAAGCUUAAAUUUUCUUGACAGCAGUUUGUGACUCACGUGUCGCGAAUAUGCAGCUCAUACAUAUUUCUUUGGAAGAAGGAAUUAUCAUCGUCCACAGUGUGCUUUGCAUUUCUUCCUCCAUGUCUCCAUGCCUCCUCUGAACUACAGCUCUAGCAGUUUCGGCAGUUCGUAGCAGUUUCACUCUUCACCAUUUUCGUGGACACACUUUAGGGGACUUUGCAUCGCGAAGUGGCUCCCGUGAGAUACAUCCAAAAAUUCAGGAAUUAAUUGUUACGGCAACUAGCGCUUCGAGACUGGCUGAUGGAAAUUUCCUUAUAGUACACUAGAAGGCCUCAAAUUGAAACGAAAGUGGCCAUAUAUCCAGAUCCCACAAACCCCCAUAUCAAUGUGCACUCAGUAAAGACCUCUUAAGAACUCGG